UUUUUGUUGCUGUGGAAACGACACACGCGCAAAAAGUUUGUCCAGAAAGCUUUUUGUGGGACUUAAAAGAUGAAUUUGGAGGAUUACUUUCAGUCGGUUUUCAAAGAACGACUCUCAUUAAAUAAGGCCGUGCAGAAGGAUUUGACGGAUAUGAGUACAAGCGUAAUGCAACUUUUGGAGGUGCGCGAGGAGUGCACGAGCGUGACCACAGCACUGGAAGCGCAGAAAGAGGAGAUGCAGAUGAAGCGGGAGAGUUUAAGAGAGAGAGACGAAAACAUGAAGAAAGAGGAGGAGAAACUGAAGAAAUCCAUACUGAAAUAUAACAAGUUUUUGCAAGAAAAUGAUGCCAGGCGUUUGCGUGCCAUAAAGAUAGCAGAGGCAGAGAGAGCUCAAGUAAGACUGAAAGAACUGGAGAUUCAGAAGCUAAAGACAGAGAAUGACGCCCUGCAGGCACGUAAAGAGCUUCUGGAGGAACGUGUAGGAAAAGCCAUAUGCUACCAAGAGUUCCUGGAAAGAGCUGCAAAAAUGUCCGGAAAGUUUGAGAAUAUUGGUCAAGUCAUUGACCGUCUUCAAGCACUCCGGUCCAUUCACAAGGAACUUCUAGAAAACCAGACUGCGUUAGAGAAAGAGAGAGAGAGGACAAAGCGGGAACUGACACAGUACAUAAAUAAGCAGCGAACUGUUCUCCUGCACUGUAACAACCAACUACACCAGCAACAGACGCAGCUAGACAGCAUACGCUUAGAAGCAUACAAAUGGGAAUUAAAACUGAAGCACUUCUGUUCCACUGCAGCAAAAGAGAUUCUCUAUUUUGCUCAGCUAAAGACCACGAUCCAUAACAUUUAUCAAAUGAUCACACAUUACAACAGAAGAGUCUCUGUGGACUCUGAGGACACCUUCAAGCAGUUGGAAAUGAUUCAGAAAUAUUUUCAGCUUAUGGGAGCUCUAGUGGAUGAUGAUCUAAAGUUCAACAUUAUGACAAUGCCGAAUCGAACUGAUGAAAAUGACUGAGGAGAUUAAGACCCGAGCUCUGAGGAUGUACAGUAUAUCAACUGAAAAUCACCAGAUGUCUAAGCUAAAUAAAAAUCAUCAUCUGACCACCCUUUUGACAGGAUUAUGCAAUGGGGUGGGGAGGGGCAACAGGGAUACUGUAUGUAUUACAAGGAUGAUUCAUUUGAAGGGUUUUCCCUUUUAAUUAAUCAGUGAAAUAUUAUCAAAGCAUGUUGCCUUUCUAUUUCUAUGGAAGCUUGUUUCUGCCACUGAAUAAAAAAAA